AUGUCAGCAGCAAAUCGUGGACGAGUCGCCGGUGGGCGCAAACGCGGCAGAGACGCCGAAGACGAUGUCUCCUCAUCAGGAGCACCUCCCUCAAGCCGUAUGUAUAAUUGGGAUACAACGUAGCGCAUAGCUGAUGAGAAUUUUAGCGCCUGCCUCCUCCCCGCCAAUCUUUCCCGCCAACGAUGAUAUCGAAGAAGACGACAACUUGGAUCCGGAAGAGGAUCUGAUUCAAGACAUUGACGAUGUAGAUGAAAUGGCAGAGGACGAUGCAGGCAUUGACCUCUUCGGCGACAAUUUCGACCGCGACUAUGACCGCAACGAUGCUCGAGGAUACGCUGGUGCUGAUAUCGACGAUGACGAAUACGAUGCGAUGGACGCCGCGCAAAGGAGACAGCUUGAGGCGCGUCUCAACCGUCGAGAUAGAGAGCUGGCACGCGAACGCAACAUGCCGAAUGCCUUUUUGCCAGACGAUGAAGAAGACGUAAUGGACUUGACUCGCCAGCCGCGUCGACGGAGACACAGAUUCGACGAAGAGCAGGACGACAUGGACAUGCACGAAGACAUCAUGAAUGAGGAGCUUUCCUUGGAGGCAUUGGGCGAUGUGAAGGCAUCUAGCUUGAACGAGUGGGUUUCGCAGCCCGCUGUACAGAAGACGAUCGCGCGGGAGUUCAAGGCCUUCCUCACGGAGUACACGGACUCCACUGGAACAUCAGUCUACGGAGUGCGGAUUCGAACUUUGGGAGAGGUCAACGCAGAAUCCCUAGAAGUCGAUUGGGAGCACAUGUCUGCCUCGAAACCUAUUCUGGCCUACUUCCUCGUGAACGUGCCGUCCGAGAUCCUGCCGAUCUUCGAUGCUGUGGCUUUGGAAGUUGCACUUUACCACUACCCCGACUACGAGCGCAUUCAUUCGGAGCUACAUGUGCGCAUCACGAACUUGCCAGUUUCCUUGACCUUGCGCCAGCUUCGUCAAACUCAUUUGAACUCGUUGUUGCGAGUGAGCGGUGUUGUGACAAGACGGACUGGGGUAUUCCCGCAGCUCAAAUACGUCAAGUUCGACUGCACCAAGUGCGGCAUCACCCUCGGACCAUUCCCACAGGAUAGCAACCAGGAGGUCAAACUCUCUUUCUGUCAAAACUGCCAAUCACGCGGUCCGUUCACCCUGAACAGCGAGAAAACGGUAUACCGAAACUACCAGAAACUCACCCUACAAGAGUCGCCGGGGACGGUUCCUGCGGGUCGUCUGCCGCGCCACCGAGAGGUCAUCCUUUUGUGGGAUCUCAUCGACUCUGCGAAGCCUGGUGAGGAAGUAGAGGUAACUGGCAUCUACCGCAACAACUAUGAUGCGCAGUUGAACAACAAGAACGGAUUUCCUGUGUUCGCAACAAUUCUUGAAGCGAAUCAUGUUGUCAAGUCCCACGAUCAGUUGGCAGGCUUCAGGCUUACAGAAGAGGAUGAACGCGAGAUCCGUGCGCUUAGCAGAGACCCGAAGAUUGUCGACAAGAUCGUUGGCUCUAUCGCACCAUCCAUCUACGGCCAUGAAGACAUCAAGACUGCUGUGGCUUUGUCGCUCUUCGGUGGUGUCUCCAAAGAAGCACAAGGCAAGCACUCUAUUCGUGGAGACAUCAAUAUCCUCCUUCUAGGUGACCCUGGUACAGCCAAAUCGCAAGUGCUGAAAUACAUCGAGAACACGGCUCACCGAGCUGUCUUUGCCACUGGUCAGGGCGCCUCUGCCGUCGGUCUGACUGCAAGUGUGAGACGUGACCCGCUCACGGCAGAGUGGACUCUUGAGGGCGGUGCUCUUGUGCUCGCAGACAAGGGCACUUGCUUGAUCGAUGAAUUCGACAAGAUGAACGACCAGGAUCGGACAUCGAUUCACGAAGCGAUGGAGCAGCAGACCAUUUCCAUCUCCAAGGCGGGUAUUGUCACGACUCUCCAGGCUCGUUGCGCUGUCAUAGCUGCUGCUAACCCGAUCGGCGGCCGCUAUAAUGGCACUGUACCCUUCAGCCAGAAUGUGGAGCUGACCGAGCCCAUCUUGUCUCGUUUUGACAUUCUGUGUGUUGUCCGAGACACAGUCGAUCCCGCAGAGGAUGAGCGUCUCGCCUCGUUCGUUGUCAACAGCCACGGACGCGCACAUCCUGUCAUGAGCUCUUCGCUGGGCGCUCAGACUCAGACCACGGCAGCAGACGGUGAAAGCAUGGAGGUUGAUGGUGAGGAAGGCCAAAAUGCCGCCAAGCCAAAGAGCGAGAUCCCACAAGAGCUUCUGAGGAAGUACAUCUUGUACGCGAGAGAGCACUGCCGCCCAAAGCUCUAUCAAAUCGAUCAAGACAAGAUUGCACGCCUGUUCGCAGAUAUGAGAAGGGAGUCCUUGGCUACUGGAGCUUAUCCGAUCACCGUGAGUCCCUUACUUACUUCGAGGACAUACAUUGGGAGACGGUUGCUAACGUCCAUUACAGGUCCGUCACUUGGAGUCCAUUCUCCGGGUCAGCGAGUCUUUCGCCAAGAUGCGUCUCAGUGAGUAUUGCAAUGCUGCCGAUAUCGAUCGGGCCAUUGCUGUGGCUGUCGAUAGCUUCGUCGGAAGCCAGAAGGUCAGCUGCAAAAAGGCUCUCGCUCGAGCAUUCGCGAAGUAUACUCUGAACCGGCCUGGUGCGGUGAAGAAGCGUGGUGGUCGCGGUGGCAGAAGCCAGGAGGUCAGUGUUGGCGCUUGA